AUGGUUGCCUCUUCUAUUGGACUCUGGCUCCUCGCGGCUGGUGUUGUCUCUGCUAAAACUUGCUACAAUACUACCAUCGAGGUCCCUGUUUCUUCACGUAAUGCUGUUUUCAAUGGCAUCAAGACACCUGUUACCAACCAGGAUGCGACCACAUUUGUGUUGAAUGCCACUCGUCAGGGCGGCAAUUUCACAGAGACUGCAUUGACAGGCUACCAUACUGUGUCUGGUCACUAUAACAUCUCGGCGCAAUACUGUGUACCGAACAAGCCUACGAGCGAUGGUGUCAACCUACAAAUCUUAACUCACGGAGUUGGAUUUGAUAAGACUUACUGGGACCUUCCCUUCAACAACUAUAACUAUUCCUACGUCGACUAUGCGCUGUCCCGUGGCUACCAUACUCUCUCCUAUGAUCGUCUAGGACUCGGCAAUUCCUCUCACGGCGAGCCAAAGAACGAAAUUCAAUCCUUCCUAGAAGUUGAGGCCCUCGCCCAGAUCACCCGAUUGAUUCGCAACGGCUCAGUCCCAGGCAUCAACCAGAAGCCCUCAAAGGUCAUCCAUGUCGGACACUCCUUCGGAUCAGCCCAAACAUACGCUUUAUCAGCGAAAUACCCGGAUCUCUCCGAUGCUCUCGUCCUCACAGGCUUCUCGCUAAACGCCUCAUACAACUCACUCUUUCUCGCUGGUGCAAACUUCCAGCAAGCACGUCUCAACCGCGCAGUUGUCGACCGUAAGACCUCCAACUACAGCCUGGGAUACUUGACGAAUGCGAACUCGGGCAACAACGAGUACCUUUUCUUCUAUCCUGAGCACUUUGAUCCUAAGAUUCUGGCUUUCGCGGAGCAGACCAAGCAGCCUGUCACUGUUGGUGAACUUCUGACCAUUGCCAGUGUUCCUUCUGGUAGUGAAUUCACUGGUCCUGUCUUCGUCAUUGACGGUGCUAAUGAUCUUCCUUUCUGUGGCGGUGAUUGUACUGCGACUGGCGGUGCUGCAACUUCCAUUGCUGCUGGUGUUAAGCUGGCUUUCCCUUCCACCAAGGCUUUCUCCGCUUAUAUCCAGCCUAACACUGGACAUGGUCUCAAUCUGCACUACAAUGCCACUGCCGGAUAUAAGCAGAUUGCGGACUUCCUCCAGCAGCACGGAUUUGGCAAGAAAUGA